AUGAGUGACCGAAUUGGCGUGCAAGUGGCGCCGCCUCAUGGUUGGUGUCAAGUACCUAUACCUACAGGCUACGGGGUACCUCGUAGGACGAGUGGAGGUAUUUCGCCCCUGGCGGCUCUUACACCUGGAGGGCCAAGCACAUGGUUCAUUCUCGACUGGGACCAACGACAUAUCAUCGCCGUUACUAUGGAUGAGGCACAAGAGAGCGAAGAUAUUGCUAUCAGACACCUCAAGAAGCACAUUGAUUCCUUGGGACCUGACGUAUACGCUAUCCAUCUAUCACAGGACGGCGAAUUAGUCUCGGUCUCUACCGAGCCCGAAGAUGACCAAGGGACCUGCAUAUGGCAUGAGAUGAACCUGUGGAUGCGCCUCCCCCAACAUCCGAAUAUUGUUCCCUUCGAUCGACUUGUGCUAGACGAAGUAAAUGGCCGCGUCGUUGGCUUUACAACCCUUUACAUACCUGGCGGCACCUUGAGCAAGAAUAAGUCACGUAAAUUUAAGCUCAAGUGGCUUCGGCAGCUAACUUGCGUCAUCGACGACUUAAAUCUCAAACAUGGCAUCGCCCACCAGGAUGUCUCGGCGCGAAAUCUGCUCAUCGACCCCAAGACAGACGCCCUUAUGUUGUUCGACUUCAACUAUAGCGGCCGCAUCGGCGGCAUCGGAUAUGGAGAGGACCGAAACGAUAUCAAGGGCGUCAUAUUCACCCUAUAUGAAAUCAUCACCCGGGACACGCAUUUCCGGGAUGUUCCCCACUAUGAACAAAAUCCGGCCGACGUACAAGAACUGGAUGAGUGGGUACAGCAUCCAGAUGUCCAACUUGACCACUCUGUUACAGAAUUCCGCUCGGAAUUAAACGAGUGGGUGGAUAGAAGACAGAGUGGGAGACAAAUUUCUGUUUAUACAGAAGCACCUGAGUAUAUUGGCUGGCCAGAUUUUCCAAAGCCACCCCCAAAGGACGUUGUAUUUAAUGAUGAUGGCAAGGGGAACUCCACGGUUGUAACAACGGUCGUCCUCAAUGGUCAGCGCCGUACAGAGCGAAAGAAGGGCAUUGCCCUCUUAAAUUGGGAACGCCCUGCACAGAUCAGACUUAGGGACGGGGAUCAGUCGUUGGUUAAUGGACAGUUUGUAUCCAGUAAAGACUGUUCAGGCUUGAUUCAACCAAAUUGA